GGAAGGGCCGCGGUGACGAGCGCGCAGCUCGCGGUCGGGCUCGGAGCAGAGGACAGUAUUCCAGGAACAGCCGCCCGGAAUUAACUUCUGGUUAAAGUUAUGGGAAGCGCGGCCAUGGACACCAAGAAGAAGAAAGACGUUUGCAGCCCCGGCGGGAGCAGCGGCAAGAAGAACCCCAGCCAGAAGAGGCGAUCGCUGCGAGUGCACAUUCCGGACCUGAGCUCCUUUGCCAUGCCACUCCUGGAUGGGGACCUGGAGAGCUCAGAAAAACACUCUUCUCGUAAGCUGGACAGCCCCUUCGGCUCCGGCAGCCCCUCCAAAGGCUUCUUCUCCAGAGGCCCCCAGCACCGGCCCUCCAGCCCUGUGUCCGCCCCCGUGAGGCCCAAGACCAGCCCCAGCUCUCCCAAGACCGUGUUCCCGUUCUCCUACCAGGAGUCCCCGCCGCGCUCCCCUCGCCGCAUGAGCUUCAGCGGCAUCUUCCGCUCCUCGUCCAAAGAGUCCUCCCCCACGUCCAACUCGUCUACCUCGCCGGGGGGCAUCCGGUUCUUCACCCGCUCCAGAAAAACUUCGGGCCUGUCCGCCUCUCCAUCCACACCCACCCAAGUGGCCAAACAGCACUCAUUCCCCCUCGAAUCCUACAAGCAGGAGCCAGAGCGCCUGGAAAACCGCAUCUAUGCCUCGCCUUCCCCUCCGGACACGGGCCAGAGGUUCUGCCCGUCCUCCUUCCCCAGCCCGGCCAGGCCGCCGGCAGCAUCGCCCACGCACUACGCUCCCUGCAGAACCGCGGCGCUGGCGGCGGCCCCGGGACCCGCGGAAGCCGGCAUGCUGGAGAAAUUCGAGUUGGAAGAAGAAGCAGAAGACUCAGAAAGCGGUGUCUACAUGCGAUUCAUGAGGUCACACAAGUGUUACGACAUCGUUCCAACCAGUUCAAAGCUCGUGGUCUUUGAUACUACGUUACAAGUUAAAAAGGCCUUCUUUGCCUUAGUAGCCAAUGGCGUUCGAGCCGCGCCACUGUGGGAGAGUAAAAAGCAAAGUUUUGUAGGAAUGCUAACAAUUACAGAUUUCAUAAAUAUACUACAUAGAUACUAUAAAUCACCCAUGGUACAGAUUUAUGAAUUAGAGGAACAUAAGAUUGAAACGUGGAGGGAGCUUUAUUUACAAGAAACAUUUAAGCCUUUAGUGAACAUAUCUCCCGACGCAAGCCUCUUCGAUGCUGUAAACUCGUUGAUCAAAAAUAAAAUCCACAGAUUGCCAGUUAUUGACCCUAUCAGUGGGAAUGCACUUUAUAUCCUUACCCACAAAAGAAUCCUCAAGUUCCUCCAGCUUUUUAUGUCCGACAUGCCAAAGCCCGCCUUCAUGAAGCAGAACCUGGACGCGUUGGGCAUCGGGACCUACCACAACAUCGCCUUCAUCCACCCGGACACGCCCAUCAUCAAAGCCCUGAACGUCUUUGUGGAGAGACGGGUGUCAGCCUUACCUGUGGUGGACGAGUCAGGGAAAGUCGUAGAUAUUUAUUCCAAGUUUGAUGUAAUUAACCUUGCUGCUGAAAAGACAUACAAUAACCUAGAUAUCACGGUGACCCAGGCCCUGCAGCACCGGUCCCAGUAUUUCGAGGGUGUCGUCAAGUGCAGUAAGCUGGAGGUGCUGGAGACUAUCGUGGACAGGAUAGUGAGAGCAGAGGUCCAUCGGCUGGUGGUAGUGAAUGAAGCAGAUAGUAUCGUGGGUAUUAUUUCCCUGUCGGAUAUUCUGCAGGCCCUGAUCCUCACCCCACCAGGUGCCAAACAAAAGGAGCCGGAAACCGAAUGACCGCCGUGAGCGGAGCCCUUGUCGGACUUGAACUGCGACUCUGGGUCACGCUUUGCCUCAUGAACACUGCCUGCCGUAGAAGAGAGGAAAACGGCCACGAAUGUACAUCCGGGCUUAGUGAUGGGUAUUUGUUCCAGGGCUGUUGAAACUGAGCAUAGAAAAGAAAGGAAGACCGUAUGCGUGUGAAGCGUCGGCUUGCAUUCGAAGGCUGUUUUCAGACCUCUGUCUGAAAGAUUUCCAAUGCUGUAUGUCAUUAAAGUGCACUGUGUCCCGAAGUGUUUAUUAUUUUUCAUUUCAAAGAAGUCACUGGUAUGCAACGGGACGUGACGUAAGGCGGGGGUGUGGCUUGCUCAGACCUAGUGCCUCAUGUCAGAACACAGCUCGCCGGCAGCCCGAGUGGACGCGUGUGAACCACCACCACCGAGUGUGAGUCUUGAACCUUUACCAGGUCGGUUUGUGCACGUUCGCUGUGUCGUAUCAAACGUCCAGGGCAGGCUUCUGCGUGUGCUGAACUAGAGCGCAAACGACUGCAGCAGCUUUAUUUAUUUAUUCCUCUCGUGCAGUUUUUUGACACCUCUUUGGGUGAGUCAGCGUCACUGUGCCCGUUGAUAAACCAUCGGCUGUUAUUUUUAAAUGGCACAUUUCUCAUCAAGUUUGGGUGUGGGGAGGAUGGGACUCCAGGCGGCCGCUGGCGUUAGAGGCGGAAAGUUCCGACGGCCCGGAGGGGAACCGCGCUGGGCUGCAGGCAGGCGUUGUGAGCAGGACGCAAAGUGCGGGCGGCUGUUUCUCGGUAUUGAAAUGUAAAGCCACGCCCUCGGGGUGACUGCUCCUGCGAUCGCUCCUUGUACAUCUUACUGUGGCGUGUACAAGACUGUCCUACGAUGGAAGAGAGACAGCGUGUCCUCAUGGAAGCGCUUUGAAAAUGUCAGCACUGUAUAUAUGAGUAUAGUUUGGUUUUUUGU